CGUGUAUUGGACGCGGAUACAUAGAUAGAAAUACAUUAAAAUUUUAGGAAUGAAUAAUAUAUUAUUAUAAUUAUGGUUGAAAAUUGAAAGUGAAGAAUAAAAGAAAUAAAUACGUACACACAUCUUUUUCUCUGUCUUUAAGAGUUAACGAAAACACCAUUAGAUUUAAGUCACAUGUGGCUCUUUUGCAUGUUCUGUCAUAAACACGUCCAUUUCAUUCAUCCUCUUCUUCUUCUUCUCCUUCUAUCCUCUGUUUUUUGCCCUCUCUCUUUGUUUAGUGGCUGUGGUCGUUUGUAUUUGGUGAAACAUAAUUUAAAAACAAGUGCGGCUAUCUUUAACUCUGGCCGACACAUCGGCGGAUUCGACUGUGGUCGGAUCAAGAAGUGCUUCCUUUUUUUCCGGCGUCGUUUCUUCUUUUAUAUUCAUCGAUUUGGUGCUCUCGCAACUUCCAAUAGAUUACGGCUAAUUUCUAAAAUGAAGAUAUUACCAUGCUUUGGAUUUAUCCGUAGAAAGAAAAAUAAGGGGAAUUCAAAACCUCAGAAAACGCAGAGAAUACUUCAGAUCAGACUUGAAGAGCCAGUGAAGCCUUUGGAGAAUGAUGAGCCUAACAACAAGGACAGUCCUAUCAAGCACGAGUCAUAUGACGGCGAAGAUGAACGUGACGAUAAGGAUUCAACGAACCGUGAGUUUUCUAAAUUCCACGUUCACGAACGAGCCGUUGAAUCUGUGAAAAGCAAGGAGGAAGUCACAGAUACUUCUGAAAACGGCGAUGACAAUGACGAGGAUGAAGGAGGUCACGUCAGUGAUCCUGGAUUAGGCAAAACUACGGCUUGGGUGACGUCUCCUAAGCUUAAACGAUCUUGCUCCACUCUCAGCAAGUUUAAUGGCCGGUUCCAUGGUUCUGAUCUCCAUGACCUGAAAGAGACCGUUCCAGUUAGUAAUGAAUCAGUGAGGUCUCAUAGAAGUGCAGAUAGAGUGAUGCUCAAGAAACAUUCGUCGAUGCAGAUACUUCCCUCUGGGAGCCGGCGGCUCUGGUGGAAGUUGUUCCUAUGGAGCCAUAGGAACCUUCACAAACACCGUGUCUCGCUAAAGUCACAGCCUUUAAACAAGAACCAGCAGUCUGGAUACACCUCUGACUUUGCUGAGCACAACCAAUCCAGCCAUGAAGAAGAAUCUACAAACUAUUGCGCUGAUUUCACCAACCAGUCAUCAAACUUGUGGCCUCAUCAUAAUCAGUGGGUCGCGUUCUCUGCCGAGUCCUCGUCAAUGAAGCGAGUGGACGAGUGGGUAAGAGGACUGGAUGUCGAAACCGUGGUUCCAGUGAACGAGGAUAAGGAUGUCUUGGCCAUCUUCCCAACCUCUCCUAAUACUGAGAGAUCACCCUUAGGAAAUGUGGUUCAGUCCGGAAACGUCUCAGAGGCUAUAGUGCACGCAAAUAGCCUUAUUCAAUCGCUGAGCAAAUCAUCGAGCGUGGCUCACAUCUCGAGCAUCGGCUUGAAAGCUAUCCCGAGCAUCUCACAUUUUACCAGCCUCAAGUCGAUUGAUCUAUCAAACAACUUCAUAGUUCAAAUUACUCCUGCAUCGCUUCCUAAGGGCCUCCACGCGUUGAACCUUUCCAAGAACAAGAUCAGUGUUAUCGAAGGACUAAGAGAUUUGACACGCCUAAGAGUACUCGAUCUAAGUUACAACCGAAUUUCUCGCAUUGGACAAGGUUUAUCAAACUGUACACUGAUCAAAGAACUAUACCUAGCUGGGAACAAGAUCAGCAAUGUAGAAGGCUUACACAGAUUGCUGAAACUUAUUGUUCUUGAUCUUAGUUUCAACAAGAUCGCCACCACCAAAGCAAUAGGCCAGCUUGUAGCCAACUACAACUCUCUCGUUGCUUUGAACAUCCUCGGAAACCCGAUCCAGAACAAUGUAGGCGAGGACCAGCUACGCAAGACCGUUUCCAGCCUUCUCCCUAAGCUAGUUUACCAUAACAAGCAGCUCAUUAAGCCACAACGAGCCAGGGAAGUUCUCAAAGAUAGUGUAGCGAGAGCUGCGUUUGGUGGUGGAGAUUCUUUGCACCACAGGCGCAAAAGAACAUCCACCAAGAGUGUUGUUGGAUCAGCCUCCCCUAGCGUUCACCACCGAGGCCACAUUGCAAAAGGACGUGGAUCCAAAAACAGAAGCCAACGUCAACUAAGAAAAACUUCAGCUGCAGGGACGCCAUCACAUUGAAUUGUUCUUUUUGUUUGAAUCUCAUGAAUUGGCCAAUGCAAAUUGCAAAGCCAUCUCCAUUCUUUGAUUUUAUAAUUCAGCAUCUUUUCUAACGCUUAUGUUUCCGGUUCGGUUUCAAUUCUGGUUUACUGUCUUUUUACUUUUUAGUUGAUCCGGUUCUCGGAAACAUGUAAAACCGAAUAACACUUUCCGGUUUAACUCAAUUUUGGAGAUUUUUCAUAUAAUCAAUUUCAAAAAGAAUCGUAACU